GUGUUAUAUUUGUUAAAGAGUAAAGAGCGAGACUAUGUUCGACGUGUGUUCGACGCUGAACGAUAGGGAAUAAGUAGAGUUACGAAGUAGUUGUCAAAAGUUUAAUUACCGUUUGCGGACUUCGAUGUGCUGUAAAUUAUACAAAUCGGUGACAGAAUGGCGAAGUAAAGUUGCAAAUGGAAAAUGGCGAAAGUCGUGAAAGUAUCCGAAUCGCUACCUACCGUUCUGAUUUGUGAAUAUUGUACUAACCUUACGUUCAAGCAAAUAGAAGAUUUCAUAAGACAUUUAAGAGAUCAGCAUUGUUCUAGGGAAGGAGGUUCGUUUGUGUGCCUUUAUGGUUAUAAUGGAGUAUGCACUAGUCUUCCUGUGGAAGGUGUUUCUGACAAAGAUUAUAUAGCACAUGCUACUAAGCACGCAACGAUGCAACAACAACGUAAAAGCAACGGUCAAUUGUCAGAGCCUUCUUCCUCGUGGACUGUGUAUUCCGCAGCACAGAAUUUACCAGCUGUUUUAAAUGAUCCUUUCAAAGGAAAACAAAGUAACUUUUUAACUCGUACUUGGGGAGACGGAUUCGUAGAGAAAGUCGAUAUACCUAAAAGUCCCUACCUUCCUGAAAUCACGAUGCAACAUUUUGAAUCGUAUUUAAAGAAAAUUACAAGGAGAUACCGAAAACAUUCUCGUAUGAAUUCAAAUGCCAAUAAAUCGACUACGCCUAACGAGUUGUUACAAAAUUUCCCAAGUUUAAGAAAAGUUAAAUCUUUAGAUCAAAUGCAAUUUGAUUUAUCUAAUAUCCCAAAAAUCUUCUUGAUACCUAAUUUGGAUCUUUCUCAGAAAGAUAAUUUUUAUGCUGUAUUUCCAUUUGCCAAAAAUGGAUUAUUAAAUGAGGAUUCUAAUAUAGUUCUGAAUGUAAAACAAAUGCAAGAGAAGCUAAGUCAUUAUUUAGAUGUUGUUGAAGUUAGAAUAGCAGAGCAAGUUGCUUCCAAAUCUCAAGCAUUUUUCCAUGCUAUGACUUCUCACGACGCCCUAAUGGAGCAACUUACACAAACUAUCACAGUUUUGAAAGCCCUUAGAAAAAAUAUACACCAAGUUGAUAAGCAUCUAGUCAAUGAUUCUUUGGAAAUUUUAAGGUUGGAACGAGCGAGAUCUAAUCGAUUAUUGGUUCAAGAAAAGUUGAAACUUAUGGCUACGGUACACCAAAGUCAACCAAUGAUACAACUGUUGUUAUCUACACCCGAUUAUGUUGCAGCCUUAGAUCUCAUUGCUACAACACAAGAAAUACUUUUACAGGAAUUGAAUGGAGUACAUAGUUUUAGACAUUUAAGCUCUCAAUUGACAGAAAUGGAAAAACUUGUUGAUAAAAUGUUAUCUACAGAAUUUCAAAGAUAUGCAACUGCAGAUUUAAACAGACCAUUAGGCGAGGAAAAUACAGUUUUGGAUGGUGAUAAACUUGUUUCCAUCAUUUCUGGUCUCCUGCGGCAAAAACAUUUUCAAUUUGUGGAUACUUACAAAGAGGAAGCUGUAACAACGGUCCGAGCUGUAACAAAACAGAGGGUCAUAGAAGCUUUAGCAGCGAGUGAUUGUUGCAGUGAUCAACAAGCUGCGGCUUUAGAAGUUGGUGGACUUUCCCUCGCGGAAAGAUUGACAUUACUUCACAAUGCUAUACAAUCUUUAACAUUCCUCUUGUUACGAGUUAAGGCUGUUCACGAUGUAAUGCGAGAUACAGUAGACUUAGCGGCAGGCCGAGUACGUGACGGAUCAUUCGAUGAUACGAUUCCCGAUUGCUUAUUAACUCAAGCAGAACAUUCGCGAGUAACGAUAAAACUCAAUGAUAUGAUAACUUCGAUUUGUGAUUAUUGUCAUGAGCGAAUGGGAAAUCUGCUUUCUGCAGGUACAAAUGAUAAAGAUAGAUUACAAAGCGAAAAAGAGAAACUAAACAAUGAAAAUUCAAAUAAUAAACAAGAAGAAAAAGAAUAUCAAAAUUGGAAUGAUAAAUCAUCAUGGUUGAGCAAAAGGGCAACAACAGCUCAAGUAUGUCAACUAGCCAAUUUAGUUGAAGAGUUUACAGAAACUUGCGAAAAACUCUGUGGUAAACAAUGCACAGGUUUACGAUCUGCGUUUAAGGCACAAGCAGGUAAAUUCAUUCAAAGAUUUCAUACUGAGCUUAAGACAAAGCUUACCCUUUUAUUAGAAUCUGAGCGGUGGAAACAAGCUGAUGUACCACCAGAAUUUCAGUCAUUAGUAACAUAUGUAUAUGAAAACAAAGCUUUUCCACCGAAUCUAUUUAAAGUUGAUGAUAAAGUCAAGAAGGAUAAUGUCCAAAACUUCAUUAUGAUAGAAGAUGAAAAAUAUGCCAUUGUUGGUACAGCUUUAAUGCUUAUACAAAUGAUACACGAAUAUUGCAGAACUGGCAGUGAACUGAUAGCUUUAUCAGGAACAAUUGGAAGACAUUUAGCUGAAUUACUGCGGCAUUACAAUUCACGUUGUUGUCAACUUGUCCUUGGAGCUGGAGCAAUGCAAGUUGCUGGUUUAAAGACUAUUACUAGUACAAUACUUGUAUUAGCAGCACGCAGUUUGAAACUUAUUUUGUGGUUUAUGCCUUAUGUUAAAUCACACUUUCAAACGUUUGCAGAACAAAAACCUGGUCGUGGACUUGGUGCAUCUAGUAUAAGCGGUGGCGUUGCAUUACUGGAUAGCGUUGAAAAAGAUAUCCGUGCACAUGUGAAAGAAAUUGAAAGCAAAAUUCUUACUAUUGUCGACAAUCUACUAGGUGGUCAAAUAUCAAAAUGGACUGCAAGACCACCAGUACCAUCAAAAUCAUUUAGAAAUAUUUCUAGUUAUUUAAUGAAAUUACACGAAGCAGUUUCUGGAAUUCUUCCAGCAGUUGAAGUACAAACUCUAUAUCGUACAGUAAAUAUAUCCUUCAAAGAAAAACUUAGAGAACAAUUAGUCAAAAUGAAUAUAGUGAAUAACGGUGGUCCACAGCAUGGUGUAGUCACAUCUGAACUUACAUUUUAUCUAGAGGCAUUACGGAAAUUAAAAGUGUUACCAACUAAUGAAUUAGAUGACAAUUGGAUGAGUGAUAUAUGGACCAGAUAACAUGCAGAGCGCGUGAUAUAUUGCAUAAUAGAAGCAAUGAAAUAUUGUAGAAAAAGGGUAAAACUACGAUCGUACAUCGAUUUCUCGAAAAAGAUGAGGCACCGAAACCAACUAUCGCGAUGGAUUAUUCUUUUGGACGUAAAGCUGGGAAGAGUUUA